AUCCGACGAGUAUUGAUCAGUAAGUGUUGGACAAGAAACUAGCUGGCUUGAUGAUGCACUCACGUAACAUAUAUUAUUCCAUCAUGCAGCAGCCUUACAUACACCCGCUGCAUGCAGCCACCACAUAUCCAUGAACAUUUCGGCUCAGCGAGGCGACCAUGGGUUUCAACCCGCCGGUGCCGCAGCAGGACAGCAGCUGGGAGAUCCGGGUGGCCGUGCUGCUCAGCCUCCUCCUCCAGGUCCUCCUCAUCUUCCUCGGCCCCGCGCGCAAGCGCUCCUCCGCCCCGUUGGCAAGCUUCGCCGUCUGGUCCUGCUACCUCCUCGCCGACUGGGUCGCCGACCUCGCCCUCGGCCUCCUCCUCAACAGCAUGGGCAACAUCGGCGGCUCGUCGUCGUCCAGCUUUGGCAACGAUGACAGCGGCUGCAGCAGCAGCCCCAUCAUCUUCGCCUUCUGGACGCCGUUCCUGUUGCUUCACCUGGGAGGGCCGGACACCAUCACCGCCUACUCCGUGGAGGACAAUGAGCUCUGGAACCGCCACCUCGUUGGCCUCCUCUUUGAGCUCUUCUCCGCCGCCGUCAUCAUCUUGUGCUCCCUGCACGGCAACCCCCUUAUCCCGGCCACAUUCCUCAUCCUCCUCGCCGGUGUAGUCAAGUACGGCGAGCGCACCUACUCCCUCUACUCAUCAAGCGUCCAAAGCUUGCGUGGCAGCAUGCUCGGUCCCCCAGACGCCGGCCCCAACUACGCCAAGUUCAUGAUGGAGGUAGACUCCAAGAGGAAGGCCGGCCUGGUCGUAGACGUCGCCAUCGCCUAUUCCGAGCAGGAGGCGUAUCGACUGGCGAUGACGCGAGAGUGGCACGCGGGGAUUCUCGCAGUGAAGAGCGUGGAGGUGCAGGCGUACGACUUCUUCCUCAACUUCCGGCCCCUAUUCAUCGACAUCAUCCUCAGCUCCAAGCAGCGCAGGCUGAGCCAGGCCUUCUUCCUGCAGCGCACGGACCUCACGCCCAGCGAGGCGUUCGAUGUUAUCGAGGUGGAGCUCAACUUCAUCUACGACAUGGUCUACACCAAGGCGCCCGUCGCCCACACCGCCCACGGCUGGGUCCUGCGCUGCGUCUGCUCCGGCUGCCUCGCCGCCGCGCUCGCCAUCUUCGUCCUCCUCGACAAGCGCCGCCACAACAUCAGCCGCGUCGACACCGGCAUCACCUACGCGCUGCUGCUCGGCGGACUGGCGCUCGACGCGGUGGCGCUGCUCAUGCUCCUGUUCUCCAACCGCGUCACCGUCUUCCUCGAGCAGUCGCAGCGGCUGAGGUGGCUGGUGCGGCUGACCCGGGCGGCCAAGCGGUCACGGCGGACGCGGCGCUGGUCGGGGAAGACCUCGCAGCUCAACCUCAUCGGCUACUGCCUGGGCAAGCCGGAGCAUAACAGCAGGAGAGGCCGUUGCCGCUGGUGGCUCAAGGUCGCCGACAAGGUCGGCCUCGAGGAGAUCGUUGACGACCUCAUCUUCAUCAAACGUGUGCCCCUUAUGAAGGAGGGAUCCAGCAGCCUCCUCGACUUCAUCUUCGAGAGCCUCAAGGGCGCGGCCAUGAAUCUGCAAGAGAAGAAGGAAAAGAAGGAGGGCAUCAUGGAGGUGUGCGGCCGCCGAGGCAAGGAUGUCAUCGAGCGCCUCAAGUGGGAGAUCAAGGAGGCGCUCAAGACACACUACGAGGAGCAGAUGAAGAAGGCGGUCGAGGACAAGGACGAACGCCUCGUCCUCGAGGAGCAGAUCAAGGACAUCAAGGGGGCGCUCAAGAACGACGACGAAAAGUUGAACCUCUUGAGGGAGAGCGUGGAGAAGAAAGACUUCGACGAGUCCCUGCUCCUGUGGCACAUCGCCACUGACCUGUGCCUCUUCAAGAAAAGCGCGUCGGAGCCCGCCGCACGGAUGGAGGCCACCGUCCAGACCCUGUCGGAGUACAUGCUCUACCUACUCAUUAAGCAGCCGGACAUGCUGUCAGCCACGGCGGGCAUCGGGCUACGGCCGUACCGGGACACGUGCGCGGAGCUGCAGAGGUUCUUCGGCUCCAUGGACGCAUGGAUAGAAAACCACCACAACGCGCGGGAAAUGCUGCUGCAGGUGAACACAUCAGAGAAGCCGUCGACGGUGAAAGGCUACCGGAGCAAGUCGGUGCUGUUCGACGCCGUCAUCCUGGCCCAGACGCUCAUGGCCCUCAACAACGACGUCGGGCUCAUGUGGAAGGUGGUGUUGGGGGUGUGGCUGGAGAUGCUGACGUUCGCGGCGGGCAAGUGCCGGGGGAGCACACACGUGCGGAAGCUCAACCAUGGCGGCGAGCUUAUCACACUCGUCUGGUUGCUCAUGCAGCACAUGGGCUUGAGCGACAUGUACGAGAUCCAGGAGGGCGACCCUAGUGUAAAGCUCAACGUUCGGUAUUAACCAUUAGUUACACUUGUACAGCUUGGAGUAUAUAUCAUACAUGGCCUCCAAGAGCUGACAAUGCAAGCAUCAGCAAGAAGACGAUCCUGUAAUACAAAUGUUUACCUCUUUAUGACAUAGUUAUUAGGA